GAGAAUAGGGUGCAAGCCUAGAAACUAUUUCCCCACCACCACUUGUUGAAAAACUGAUUUGGAGGGAUCUCCGAGUUUGAACAAUCAGAAAGUGCCAGAAUUUGAGGCGUCUCUACUUCACUAAGUAUCAAGACGAAAAAACUGGAAAUUAAUCAGAACUUUAUACAAAGUCAGAAUGGAACGAUUUGUAGUAACAGCACCACCUGCUCGAAACCGUUCUAAAACUGCUUUGUAUGUGACUCCUCUGGAUCGAGUCAGUGAGUUUGGAGGUGAGCUGCAUGAAGAUGGAGGAAAACUCUUCUGCACUUCUUGCAAUGUGGUUCUGAAUCAUGUUCGGAAGUCUGCCAUUAGUGACCACCUUAAGUCCAAGACUCAUACUAAGAGGAAGGCAGAAUUCGAAGAGCAGAACGUGAGAAAGAAGCAGAGGCCCCUAACUGCAUCUCUUCAGUGCAACAGUACUGCACAAACAGAGAAAGUCAGUGUUAUCCAGGAGUUUGUGAAAAUGUGCCUGGAAGCCAACAUCCCACUUGAGAAAGCUGAUCACCCAGCAGUCCGUGCUGUCCUGUCUCGCCAUGUGAAGAAUGGAGGCUCCAUACCUAAGUCAGACCAGCUGAGAAGAGCAUAUCUGCCUGAUGGAUAUGAGAAUGAGAAUCAACUCCUCAAUUCACAAGAUCGUUGA